AUGGAGUUCAAGCAACAGCAAUCUAGAACGCAACCAAACGGAGAAGAAGAAGAUGAAGAUAAUCAAGGACAGUUAGGGAAACCAACUACUGAUGAUGAAACACAACGUGUUUCAUCUGAUAUGCCUACAAUCGAGGUUCGAUUUAAGAACUUGAAUGUUCAUGCUGAAGCUUAUUUGGAUACUGGAAAUUUGCCUAAUGUUAUCAACUCUUUCUUUAACUUCAUUCAGGGCGUGUUUCAGAACCUUCAUUUGUUUCCUCGUCAAAGGAAGAAGCUUCCAAUUCUGUGUAAUGUGAAUGGAGUUAUUAAACCUGGGAGAAUGACAUUGCUUUUAGGACCACCUGGUUCUGGUAAGACAACCCUGCUAUUAGCGUUAUCUGGAAAGCUUCGCGACUCGUAUCUGGAGAAGUGA